AUGCGUGGCUUGUGGCUCUGGACAGUCACGCUUUUCUCAUUUGGACUGUUUUUAAGAGGGGAGGAACCCCUUCGCUUAAAAAUGAGGCAUUUGAGGUUGCCUCCCAACUACCAAGGUAAACUGUUAUUCUUUGUACCCAACUGGCCUAUCAGACUUGUAUAUGCUGGAAAAGCUCAUGAUCAAAAUUUCAAAUGUUUAUAUUUGAUUAAGGUACAAAAUGUAAGAAGCAGAAUAUUACUUUACAAGAGGUUUGCGAGAGAAGUUUUCAGUGUUUAUCGCCUACUGUUUUGUUUAAUGGCACAUAAACCCAUGCUAAUUUGGUCUGAGAGUGUAGAGGUUUUACCCUUGACACAACCAAACAACAUAGCCUUGAUAGUAUGUAUUUAGCAUAUUUAGCAGUUUCCAUUAAUGCAUUAUUUAGGAUGGCUUGCAUACAGGUAUGGCAUACAGGUAUGUAUGUAAUUGUGUGUUGGUGUUGUUUUUCUUUUUGAUAGGUAGCAAAUUUAACAUAUAACCCUUGUCUUCCCAACUACUGUUUUCAUAAUGCUUUAAAUGACAGUAAGUGAUGAUUUUUUUCUUUGACAAUGUCAAUUUCCUUACUUUAGCUGAGUCCAAGAAAUUACCACAGCGCAUUGAGGUAAAAAUUCCUUGGUCAAAAGCUGACAGAAAAGCCAAAGGUACAUGUAAAAUAAUAUAAGUUUGUUAAUACAGUUCCAUCUGUAUAUGAAUGUGACAGGUCAAAAUAGAAUUAACAGAAGAUUGAUUUUUUUAACAUACCUCACAGGUUGAUUAUGGAUAUUAUUAUUGCAAUAAUAAUAAUGAUAAUAAUAAUAAUAAUAAUACAGUGUAAACAGCAAAGCACUAGUAUCUGGUUAGCAUGCUCUGUUUGAUAAGCCAUUUAGCCAUUUUAGACACCAUUUGCAAAGGUGGGUUUUGUUUAGCACUUUACACAACUGAGUCAGUUACAUGUACAAAUUUUGUCUUUCACAUUACAUGCUCAAGAAAAAUUCUUCACUUACAUACUUACUUACUUACUUACUUACUUACUUACUUACUUAAUGUGGAGUUUUAAAAGAAAACAUGACCACAGGAUUAAAAGAAAGAACUCUUUUUUCAACAAAAUAAACAGUUGCAUAAGGAAACAUGGACACAACCUUGUGACUUCUGGUGUUGAGGUAAAGGCCAUAUAUAUGCCAUAAACAUAUAAGAGAAUUGUCCUACUAGAGUUUGAAAUAAAUAAAGUGGUUAGUGUUGUUGCUGUUUUGUUUAUUUAUUGCUGGUACUUGCCAUUAAUUUAGGUGUCACACUGACUUUAUGGGCAAAUCCUUUGAAUCACGAGUUGUGUCCAGUUACUGCUUUGUUUGUGUGGCUGAUGAUUACAGGUUAGUUGAAUUUCACUAGUUGCAACUCUGAAAAUUUUGCGAAUAAAAGAAUCAUUUGCCCAGUUAAGUUUUGCUUUAAAUGUUGCUUUUCUUGAUUGAGGAAAUGUUUUGUAAUUUUUUUUUUUUUUGACUUAGUGACAAUAGAAACACUUCAACUUUAACUUGACUCCUACUGUAUCUAAGUUGAUUCUCAAAGAAAGGUUUUAUAGUACAGUCAAUUCAAACCUCUUAGAGAGAUUGAAAAAAGUAAGAGUUAUCAGGAGCUGAAGUUAUUGGGAGCUUGAAGCAAAUAAUUGAUUAAUAAUGAUAUAUCAUGGGGAAGGAAUAAAAGUAUCCUGCACAUUUUACUGCAAAGAAAGCUUGCAAGAAAUAUUAAUAUUUUGACAAAGGAACUAAGCAACAAUGCAUCAUUAAUAUACAGAGCUGGACACCGUAUUUAAACUGUACUGGACAGUGUGGGACAAAGAAAUGAGAAGGGAUGGAUAUGUUAAAGUAAUCCCAAAAGUGGUCAGGGUCACUUACAUAAGCGGUUGUUUACAAGAGCUUUUCAUUCCAAAUUUGAAGUCACUGUUUAACUGGGGUUUCUCAAAUGUCAUCAUAACUAGAGCUGAUCGCUUUUUAGAGUGGUCACAAUGAGAGCUUCGACAGUACACAUAAAAGACAUCACAUAUGCCUAGUACAAUGAUACCCAAAUAUACACUCUUACAGCGUCUUGUUUAAAACUGAAAAGUUGAUUUUUUUUUCACAGGUAUCAAAAAGGGAUAUAUAUUUCCUAGAGUGGCAAAGAAUAACCGAUUUGUCCAUCCAAAGUCGGCACGUGGUGUUACCUCUUAUAGAAAAAACUUUUGUGAGGUAUAAAUUGAUUUUUUUUUAUUGUUCCUCAGUAUCUUCUUGAAUUUCUUGUAAUAUUAGGUGCAAAGUGUUGUUUAAAGCUGUCUAGCCAGGUCCACUGUUUUUUCUAUUUUUAAAUAAUGAUCUAUCCAUGAGGAUAUUAACAGGUUAAGCACUGGCAGGUUAGCUUUUAUUCCAGAGGCAGGCUGUAUAAUAUUUUAUACACUUGUGCUUUUCUGUUAUCUAAAUAAUUAUUCCCUUUUAAAGCAUUCAUCUUUUCUGCUAAAUAUUUUGAACAGCUAAGACAAAAAAUCCUAAUGGAUUUGUGAAGUGAACAGAUUGUCUUCAAUAUUUUCUCAACAGUUUGCUUAAUAACAGAUGGAGUUAAGUGACUGAGACUUCAAAAAAUUCCAAAACAUCUACCACAGUAUUAAUGGUUGUAAAAUAUGUUUCUCUUUCUUUGAUCGUCUUUUGGUAUAAUGGACCUGGUUUCAUGUGGGCAAUAUAGUGUGGUGUUUGGUUUGAAUCUGUUUUCACGAAGAAAUUAAUAUUUUACUGCCAUAUCUUAGUAAUUAUUAAAGGAAUGAUCUUAGAUCUUUAUGAUCUCUAUGUUCACUGUGUGCACUAUGCUACUUAGAAUAUACAAAGAACUUACAAAGAACCUCACUUACGGGAGGCUAGACUGUAUUUCUGGGUUGAGGAUAAAUUUUGUCAUAUAUUUCAUACAACGUUUCCUAUUUUUUUAUGUAUUUAUUUUGUAUUUUUUUCCAUAGAUGUCAAAGACUCUUUUUGACAAGGAGUUUACGACUCAUAGCAUUCGCAGGUCAGCCUCUCGCUGGGCAGCCCGGUGUGGAGCAGACGACAGUACCAUUAAAAGAGCAGAAAGA